AUGGAGUUUCUGGGAACCAGUCAGACCGCCAGCUACUGCACCCCCCGGAGGAUGUGCGCGACGGCGCUGCCUUCCGCGGCGCAGGCGCAGACCCCGGUGAUCCAGGAGUGCUACCAGCCCUACUACCUGCCUGGGUACCGCUAUCUCAACUGCUGGAGGCCCAGCCUCUUCUACAGGAUCACCGAUUCGCAGAGCUGCCCCGAGAUGUGCCACAGCUCCCUGCGACCGCCCACCAUCCUGCCCGCGCUGCGCUCCGCGCUCUUCUGCCGCUGCAGCCCGCGGGACUGGGAAAAGGCCAAUGAGCGGCAGAUGCGCGGGGCCGAGGCCUCGAGGCUGUGGGCCGGCAGGCUGACCGGCGACUCUCUGCGCCUCAUGCAGGACAAAGACCAGCUGACGCGCCAGAUGCAGGAAGGUACCACCCGCAACCUGGGCCAGCGGCUGUCGGACAUCGGCUUCUGGAAGUCCGAGCUGGGCUACGAGCUGGAGCGGCUUCGCACGGAGAACCACAGCCUGGAGGCGGUCAAGCAGCGGCUCCAGUGCGCGGUGGAGGAGAUCAACUGCCCCUUGCAGGUGGCCCUCGAGUGCCUGUACCACCGAGAGAAAAGGAUCGGGAUUGACCUGGUCCAUGACAACGUGGAGAAAAAUCUUAUUCGGGAAGUAGACUUGCUAAAAUGCUGCCAAGAACAGCUGAGGAAAUUAUUUCAAAGAAUUGACAUCCAGAUGCGGGACAACCGGGAUGCUCAGCAUGCCCUGGAACGGGACAUCGAGGACAAACACUCAGCCCAGUUCAUCGAUGAGAAGUGCUUUAAUCUGAGGAACACGUCGGAUUGCAUCAGCUUCUUCCAUGGCAUGGAGAAAGUCGACGGCACGAUCUCCGUGCCUGAGACCUGGGCCAAGUUCAGCAACGACAACAUCAGGCACUCGCAGAACAUGCGGGCCAACUCCAUCCGGCUGCGGGAGGAGGUGGAGCACCUGGUGGAGAGCUUGUCGGACCAGAUGUGGAAGCAGUUCACCGACACCAACCUGGCCUUUGACGCCCGCAUCUCCGAGGUGACAGACGUGAAGAACAAGCUGCAGACACAGCUGGCCAAGACGCUGCAGGAGAUCUUCCAGGCAGAGAACACCAUCAUGCUGCUGGAGAGGUCCAUCAUGGCCAAGGAGUGCCCACUGAAGGUGGCCCAGAGCAGACUGGAGUGCCGCACACGGAGGCCCAACGUGGAGCUGUGCAGAGACAUUCCACAGUUCAAGCUCGUGAAUGAGGUGUUCACCAUCGAUGACACCCUGCAGACCCUCAAGCUGAGGCUGCGGGAGACACAGGACACACUGCAGCUGUUAUUGAUGACCAAGUCUCGGCUGGAGCACGAGCUGGCCAUCAAGGCCAACAGCCUCUGCAUCGACAAGGAUAGGUGCAUGGGCAUGCGUAAGACCUUCCCCAGCAUUCCCCGCCUGGUGGGCUACACCUGA